UCUCAUCAUGGGGGACUGAGGAGCCGAGCUGGCCGCCCGCGUCCUCCCCUCCGCCUCCUCACCCGCCGGUCCCCGGCGCUGCCGCCGCCCCCGUCCCGUCUCCCCUCGGCUCAGUCUCUGCGAAGUGGCGCCAGCCUCCCCGGGGAGCGGCCGGGGGAGGCGCCGGGUUCAUGUUCCGGGUCGCUGAGCCCACUCCGACCCGAGCUCAGGCGGCGAGGAAGAGCUGAAAGGAGAGUUGGCAUACCUUGAAGAUGAGAAACGGCCUGGGAUUUCAGGCAUUUCAGUAGGACUAUGGAGGAGCUGGUUCACGAUCUAGUCUCAGCAUUGGAAGAAAGUUCAGAGCAAGCCAGAGGGGGUUUUGCUGAUACUGGAGAUCAUUCUCGGAGUGUGUCUUGCCUUCUAAAGCGACAGGCAAGGAAAAGGAGGGGACGAAAAAGACGUUCAUUUACCACCCAUCAUCCUUGGGAAACUGGUCACUGCUUAAGUGAAGGUUCUGAUUCCAGUUUAGAAGAAUCAAACAAAGACUACAGGGAGAAUCAUGCUAAUAAGAAAGACCACAGUGACUCUGAUGACCAGUUGCUAGUUGCUAAACGUAGGCCUUCCUCAAACUUAAAUAACAUGAGAGGCAAAAGACCUCUAUGGCAUGAACCAGAUUUGGCUGUUGACAGUCUGGGAAACAGAACUUUGCGCAGGAGAAGAAAGGUAAAACGGAUGGCGAUAGAUCUGCCAUCAGAAGUCUCUACUGCACUGACAAUAACUCAACAGCAGGAUAACAGCAGAGAUCAGGACAUGGACAAUGACAAUAAAUCAUACCAACACCAAGAGUUCUCCAAGAGCAAAGUGAAAAAAAGAAAAGUAGCUGCAUCUCGACAAGGACCAGAAAUCUUGGAUGAAGGAGUAGUUAUAGAAAAUGAAGAACUGAACCAAGCAAAUAAGGACAAAAUGGAAUAUGAGGAGCAAAAGGCCUCAGAUGAGAACAUGAGUGACAGUGAAUCCAGCAGUCUGAGCAGCAGUGAUGCUGGUUUGUUUACCAAUGAUGAGGGAAGACAAGGUGAUGAUGAGCAGAGUGAUUGGUUUCAUGAAAAUGAAUCUGGUGGAGCAUGUGGAAUUACAGGAGUUAUUCCAUGGUGGGAACAAGAAGAUGCUACAGAGCUGGAGAGAGAAUUGCCUGAUCCAGUCUUUCAAAGUAUCUUAACUGGUACUUUCCCUCUUAUGUCCCGUUCAGGGAGAAGAGACAACUGUGGAUCCAGCGUAUCCAAUGGUUUCCAGAGUAGAUUUAGUCAUCUUCAUGGAGUGCCUGCAAGAAACAUAAAAAAAGCUUCAGGAAACCAGAAUGCAUUGAUAACUCCAGGACCAGGCAGCAGCAGGAAAACAGUUCAUUUGUCCCAGGAUUCUCUUCAUCAUGACCACUGGUUUAGCCCUGGGGCUAGGAAGGAACAUAGCCAGCUUCAACUCUUGCGAGACAACCGAUCGGAGAGAGGACACAAGAAGAACAGCUCUGUAAAAACAGCUAGCAGGCAAACCAGUGUACAUUUAGGAUCAUUGUGCAUGGGAGACAUCAAACGGAGAAGGAAAGCCGCUCCUCUGCCAGGGCCCACAGGGUUUGUAGGUGAAAACACGCAACCAAUCCCAGAAAACAACAUUGGAAACAGAAUGCUUCAGAGUAUGGGUUGGACCCCUGGCUCAGGCCUUGGACCAGACGGCAAAGGAAUAGCAGAGCCAAUACGAGCCAUCCAGAGACCAAAAGGACUCGGACUUGGAUUUAGCUGACAGUCAUGCACUCUGGCUGCCUGAUAAAAAUAAAGCUCAAAAUUAAUUUUAAAAGGAAAAAAAAAAAAAAAAAAAAAAGAAAUUGCAAACUACUGUUAUUUGUUGUGAUCGGAUAAUCCAGUUAUUCUUCUCUCAAAGAUCACUGAAGUCAAUGUGCUUCACAUUAGCUACACCAGCUGCAAGGUACAGCCACAGUGACAGAACCGGCAUUCGAACUUUAUAAUGGUGCUAAAAUCUACAAAAAAAGUCUACUUUUUUAUUUUCUGUGGUCUUAAAGUUUGUAUUAAGCAUAAAAAUCAGUAUAUUCUCUUUUUUUUCAUAAAAGCUUCUGACACAGCAGUUUUUAGUGUAUAAUCAGAUUAUUUUUUUUUGUACAUAUUAUUUCAUCUCAAGCAUCUUGAUAAGAUUCGUCACGGAAAACGGAGCUUCUAACAGCUAUUGUUUUAUCUGUUUUCAAGAAAAGUUUCCAAACAUGCUAUGUCCAGUCUUUAACAGUGUUUUGGGAUAAGCUGUCAUUUUGCCCAUCAGAUUUACACAUUUCCCACUGGAAGGUGAUAUGGUAUGCAAUUUUGUAUAAAAGCAUGAAAAAAUGGCUUUGUUGUCAUAGGAAUGCCAUUCCAAAACCAUUAUCUGACAAUGUGUCAGAGUCUUCCACAUUCAAGCUCAAAAGCAAUGUGUUUAUACUUGUUUUUACAGUUACAGGAUAAUUUUUUUUCAGCAAAUAUUUUAAAAAUCUAAAGAUUAUUCUGACUUUGGAUUUCCAUUUAUAUUAAUAAUCCUCAGUGUUUCCACAUUUAAGAAUAGAGUUUUGACCUUUGAAUCAGGAAAAUGUAUUUUAAAAACUCCUGUCUUUCAGUGUUGAUAUUCUGGGUUUUGGCAUAUUUUAAAUAAUGCAGUGUUCAACAUUGUGGUUAUCCAGUUAUCAUUUGGUUUGUGAUCUUGCCAGUGAGCUACAACCUUUAAGGAUCAUGAACAGAAAAAGGGCAAGGAGAAGUAGGAUUAGGGUGGAGGAAAAGAAGGAAAAAGAUACUUUGAAGGCAUCUCGCAAAUGUAAGCUAGCAAUUGAAAAUCAAGAGGGAUCAUUAAGUGUUUUAAUCAGUAUCCUAAUGUAUUUAAUAUCAGCAGAAGCAAUUUCAUUAAGCACCAACCAGUCAAGCUCCUAGGGUACUUAUUGGUCUGCAGUAUAAAACAAAUUCUACUUUAAAAUUAAAUGAUAGGGCUGAAGGAAACUGAUGUUCAGAUGGACGAAGAAGAUAAUCUUGCCCCCCCUGCCCACCCCUGUAGUAGCUGGCAAUAUUUACCCUGACUGCAGAGGGAACAGGAUUUGAUUCUUCAGUCUUUUUUUUUUUUUUUGGAAGAUCUAUCCCUUCCUCUGCUCCCAAACUGCAGAGCAAAAUACUUCUUUCCAGAUGCUUGUAAAGAUAUUUCCUUAGAAUAAAAAGAGCACAGCUUUCUUCAUGUGACUGUGAAAGAUAGUGAUGAAUUUUAAGAUGUGUUUUUAUUACUUUUUCUCUCAACUUCACCCUUUUAUCCAGAUAAAUAAUACUAGGAAAAGAAGAAAUAGCAGCCUUAUAGCAUUGAAUUUGCUUAAAAGAAAUGUUCAUGCUCUCCACUUCGAGUACUGUCAGUUUGGGAACAUUGUUUCACUGUACACAUAGUGUAGAGUAAAAGGUUCGUUAGCACCUGAUACUUUUUUCUAAUGAUAGCUGAAUGUACAUGUUCUCAAAGUUUCAGGAGAACUAGUUCUUGUUAUUUAAAUAUUUUAUAUGAUUGUGUGGUUUUGCUUUUUGAAAUCAUAAGAAUUUUUAAACAGACUUAGGAUUUAUAAUCAACACAUACACUUUUUAUUGGAAGGUUUUGGGGCAUAACAUAAUGUCAGUUUGCCACUUCAGUAUAUCUUGCACAACUAAACUGAAUCAAAGACAUUCCAUAUGCAAAGAAUUUCAGGGCCACACAAUGGCACAGGGCAGAGUGCCUGGAAUUCUUCAACUAGCAGAGGUGCUCACUUGAAUAAGUGUACUUAUAAUAAUAAAUUUAUGUGGCAUGUUCUUGUUCUUCCAAUGCAAUGUGCUACUGAUGGCAAGUGAAUUCUGAAGACCUCUUUGUAUUGUACACCACAAUCAAAAAUUCCUUAAAAUAAUUUUCAACAUGUGAAUUGUGAAAGUGAAUUCUUAAGUUCUGAUUGGUCUAGCUCUAUUUGCAAAGCUGUAAAGGAAUAUUCAUUCUCUCUUGAAAUUAUGUUGUUGUAAUUUGGUUACAACACCUGUGUACCUUGGCCUGGAAAUUCUAAGUGUGGCACGUGUAACACUUGUUUGAAGUAUUUCUAUAGCAGUAGUUCCUCAAGAAAUAAGUAUGCAGCUCCAAAAGUACUUGAAAAUAUUUCCUGUUUUAAAAAGAUAACAGGGAACUAAUGACUACAUGUUGAGGGAAAACCUUGUUAGCUCAUUCAGCUCUUUAUUCAUAUAGAUACCGUGAAGCAGCCAACAGUCAUAAUGGAAGAACUGUUUAGUCUGAUUGGAAAUCUUACUAAUUUUAUUAUAAAUCAACCUAUUAGUGAGAAACUAUUAGAUAUUAAAACUAGUCAAAUUGAUUUUGAUAUAGAGACAGAAACACCUUUUCUGUUUUCCAGCAGGUGUUCUAAUAGCUGCCACAGCUGACAGUCUGCUUUAUUUGUAGAAGCUGUAGAAUAAAAUGGUUUAUUAAAAUAUUUUGAAGUAGUGUUUCAAGGUAUUUUUCUGUUGCAGGAGAAUUCCCGUUCUGACUCACACUAUCAUUUCAUUUCUCUUUUUCCCCAUCUCACAGGAGUGGUUUUAAAGAUACUCCAGUACUGUGGUUUUGUGCAGUUAAAACUAGUGUUAACAAAACAAGAAUGCAUUGUACUUUCUUUCUUUUUUAAGCUGUUUCAAUGUUAGUUUGCUUUUAAACAAGUCAGAGUACUUGGAUAUUUAUUUUUUCUUCAGGUCUUUCCCAUACCUAACUUGCAAUCAUACUGUGAUACCUGCUUUAAAGCUGGCUCAGAUUAUUUUAAAAUACAUACACAAGUAUUUUCAGAUAAUUCUUAGUGACUGUGACACUGAAGGAUUUUUUGCCUACAUAAAUAAAUAUGAGAUCAUCUUGUGUCUAAAAGUUACCAUUAAUCACUUGCCAGAUUCUUUCCAAGUGUUGAUUAUUCAUUAGCUCAGCUGUUGCCAUAAUAUUCGUCCUCUGCAAAAUGUUAAGUGUAGAGGCAUUAAGUAUUAUCAGCAUUGCAUUUUGCUGUGUGUUCCAUAGUGUCUCAAAGUUCUGUGUAUUGAGCCGUUAACUGUUAAUAAGCGAAACCCAUGGGCAGUAUCUUAUUUUUAAGUGAAUAUUUGUUGAAGUCAGAGAAGCGUUAUCAAUAUGCUCAUUUUAACAAGUUUGUCCCUGCAUAUGUCUUUCUGCAUUUAGGUCAGUAAUGGGUGUAGAAUGGCAGUAAAUAGAUAAUAUGUAUAGAAUGCUUUGCUUCAACAACACAAAUGCAAGAUGAAAUAAAAUAAAUAGAUUCCAUUCUU